GGAUUUGGAUUUGGAUAGCUUCACGAAUUUUAUUAACGCGGAAGAGAAGAUAUCUUGUCGGAAAGAACGAUCGCAUAUACAUCUACGAUACGAUUCGAUUCGACACGAUACGAUACGAUAAAUACAUUUCCGUUCGUUCCCUGACUCGAUAUUUGGAAAUUCGGAAAGGAAAUUCGCAUUCGCUGUCUGUGGUCCUACGCUCUGCGAGUUGGCUUUCAUUCGUUCACGACUCCGACGAUUAGACUCGCUUUGAGAGUUCGGUUGCUUUCGAAGGUCUGCGAGGGUUUCUGGUAUUUGGUGGUUUGCUUGCGCUCGCAAUUGCAUCCCGGGACCUCUCUCCGAUACUGUGUUAUCUAUCGUAUUGUCAACGCUGUUGAUUCGAUACGACGGAAGUAUUGAGACGUCAUGGCUUCGUCUUCGAAUCCGUAUCAGCAUUAUGAUCAACCUCGCGUGGAGGAUGACUUGAUUGAUCCUGAUGAUGCAACUCUCGAUGAUCUCGACGAUCCCCUCAAUGCCACUACCUCCCGCACUCCCCUCACCGGAAAUAUCCAACAAACACAAUCCUCGACGCAAUCCUCCCAAAACUAUCUCACCUCCCGCAUCCCAGGCGAAGAUCGUCGCGCACCCACAAACACCCUCGAUGAAUCAGUUUGGGAAACACUCUCGCGCGAUCUCACAGCCAUCUGGUCCAAAAUGCGCGAAGUGCUGUAUCCGAAAUAUCUUUUCGGUGGAUCGAUGAUUGAUUCCCAUGGGUUGCGAGGCGCAUAUUCACAGUUUCGAGAAAAUGGGAUUCAAGGGGCCAGAGAAGAGUUGAGGGGUAUGAUUGGUAGAGUAACGGAUGUAGAGGGUUUGACACAGGGAAAUGCUAUGAGCGAGGGAUUGAGAGAUUGGGAUUUAUGGGGUCCGUUGGUUUUUUGUUUGGGCUUGUCGCUGUUGUUGAGUUUUAGGGCGAGGGGAGAUCAGAUGAGUAAGGUUUUUAGUGGGGUUUUUGCUAUGGUUUGGCUGGGGGAGGCGGUGGUGACGGUGCAGAUUAAAUUGCUAGGGGGCAAUAUUUCCUUCGCCCAAUCCGUCUGUAUCAUAGGUUAUACCCUUUUUCCUCUUGUCAUCGCAGCUCUUCUCUCAGCACUAGGUCUUCAUCCCAUCCCCCGAAUCCCAAUCUACAUUGUCCUGGUGGCAUGGAGUAUGGCAGCGGGUAUUAGUAUCUUGGGAGGAAGUGGAGUGGUGAAGAAUAGAGUGGGACUGGCGGUGUUUCCUUUGUUUGUGUUUUAUUUGAUGUUGGGUGCGCUUUGUUUUAUUUCUUAGGGGGUGUUGGAUUUGGGAUUGGGGUGAGAAGAGUGGGGAGGAGAAGAGGGGGGAGAAGAGGCAGAGAAAUGGAAAUUUGUGGUUUAGAGAGAAGGGGGGUGGGGGGGUAGAGUGGAUAUGAUAUUGAAGGAAAUGGAAACGGAAAUGGAAAGCAAAGAUGGGAGGCUAUGAAAAUUGAGGAGUCUUUUGGUGGGAGUGGAAAUAUUGAUAUUUUAUUUGCUUUGCUUUGCUAUUCUUGCUAUGCUAUGCUAGUCCUGGGAAUAUAUACUUUUUUUAUGAUGUGAUA